AUGAGGCGUUGUGAAGAUAUGGACACUCAGCACAGCCAGCGGUGGCUCUCGGAUCAGAUGCAACGGAGCUGGGGAGACUUCUGGGUGGUGCAUGCGAUCUUGCACAGUUUUGCGUUUGAUGCAAUCUACUGGCAGAAGAUUGAUCGGCGUUUUUGGGGGCUUACGCAGACCGAUGAUCCCAACGAAGCAUGGAAAGAGCGGCUGAACCUGCUGAAUGAGAACCAAAAGGCUGAGAUGGAACGGCUAGUGACGAGGCAGCUUGACGAGAUGGAGGACAGGGUCUUAGCGUGGGACCCGGAUGAGUAUACUGAGAAUUCCGUCAAGGGCUGA